AUGUGCAGAUGUCCACAAAGGCGUAGAGCGGGUGUUGUGACGGGCCAGCGUUUGAAGGCGGUCAUAAUGAAGAGGUACAGGGAUUUGGCGGAGGGGAUAACAGAUGAGGCAAAGAAAUAUCAGAGUUCUCCAUCCAUUUCGAAGGGAACACAACGUUCACAGCAGCAUGUAGCGUACAGCGCCAGCACGGAUUGCAUGAGCAGCAGCAGCUCCGCUGUAAGUGGACCUGUGGCUGGCGAUGAAACUGAUGUCGUCAGAAGUGAAUGCGAUCAGACGAACGAAGACACGGUAGACAGAAUCAUCAUGGCGCCGCCGACCAUUGUAGAGAAAGAAAUGGACGACAUAUAUGCGAGAAGGGUUGGCUUUGCUGCUAAGCGAUCAACGAGCAGAAGAUCGACAUAUGAUCAGCAGCUUGACAAGCAGGUGUUUCAGUGCACCAAGGAAGGGCAGAAUAAAACAACUGAGAGAUAUGUUAAGGAGAGAAGGAGCAACUGCUUGAUCCGGACAAGCUGCCCAGUCCAAAUAACAGCCAAGAGGGAUACAGAUAGGAGGAAAUGGUAUCUAAAGAACGUGCGCCUAGAGCACAACCACCAACUUCACCCAUCCGAUUGGAUGCUAAAGUUCAUGAGAUUCUAUAAGAAGAUGACACCUCAGGAGAAAUUCUUUAUAAAAGUGCUGCAGAAGACGAGGUUAGAACCAAGGAAGGUUAUGCAGAUUUUUACUGCCAUGGGGGAACUAAGGCGAGAAAUUAUGUUCGACACGAUUGACAUAAGCAACAUUGCAUGCCGGGAGAGGGCUGGAGAGCGCGGCACUGAUAUCGAAGACACCAUGAAACUAUUUGCUAAUAUGCAGAGGCGGAGGCUGGGAUUCCACCAUGUGGAAGAGACAGAGAACAAUGUAGUGCACAGCCUGUUCUGGACAGACUCCUUGUGUAAGAUGAAUUAUGAGCUAUAUGGAGAUUUCGUGUCUUUUGACACGACAUUCUCUAUGAAUAUAUAUGGCUUGCCAUUUGCACCAAUUAUAGGUGUCGACAACCAUGGGUCGACCGUCCUGUUUGGACUAGGCCUUUUGAAGGAUGAGAAAAUAGGGUCAUUCAAGUGGCUCCUAAGCACGUUUGUUGAGGCAAUGGGAGGUAAAGAGCCGAAAUACAUAAUAAUAGACCAGGACCAGGCGAUGAAGACUGCAAUAAAGGAAGCUCUUCCGAGAACGAGGCACAGGUUCUGCUGGUGGCAUAUUAGGAAGAACAUGAAGGAAAAUAACGCAGUAGUGUUUGCGCAACACCCAUCGAUGUCUGAUGAUUUAUUUCGAAUCAUCAAAAACUCACUAGAUCAAGACGAGUUUGAGCGUACCUGGAAAGCAGCAAUUUCUGUGCACAAGGCGGAAGGCAACAAACAUGUGAACACGCUAUGGGAACUCCGAAAUUUUUGGGUGCCGGCCUACUUCAAGGACUGCUUCUAUCCUUUCUUGUCAACAACCACUCGCAGUGAGAGCACGAAUUCGAUGUGGAAGAAUUACGUCGACCACGGGGACACUAUAAAAAGGAAAUUCCAGCUGGAGCUACGGAACUGGACUUACUUCAAGUGCUCUGACCUGGCAAAGGGGAGGAAGUAUUUUUUUUAA